UUCGUCAAAAUAGCCAACUACCAGGACCUGUUGGGCAGCCAUCAUCAACUGCUCAUAGCCGCCACCGCCGCCGCCGCUGCAGCAGCCGCCGAACCGCCAGUGCAACUGCAACUGCAACAGCAACUGCAACUGUUGCCCGCGGGGCCGACGACACCAGCGAGCAAUCCUGCAAUCCAAGGCAGUCCGAUCGUACCCAUCAAUUCGAUUAGCCCGAUCAAUCAGAUCAGCAGCGCCAACCCGAACAACAACAACCAGCAGGCGGUGUUUGAAAAAGCCAUCACCAUUUCGUCGAUUGCGAUAAAACGCAGGCCGACGCUGCCGCAGACGCCAGCAAGUGCCCCACAGGUGUUGUCGCCGUCGCCCAAGCGCCAGUGUGCCGCCGCCGUCUCCGUGCUUCCGGUGACCGUUCCCGUGCCCGUUCCGGUCUCCGUGCCGCUGCCCGUCUCCGUGCCCGUGCCCGUCUCCGUCUCGGUCAAAGGUCACCCGAUCUCGCACGCCCACCAGAUCGCCCACACCCAUCAGAUCUCCCAUUCGCAUCCGAUCUCGCAUCCGCACCACCACCAGCUGAGCUUCUCCCAUCCCACGCAGUUCGCGGCCGCCGUUGCCGCCCACCACCAACAGCAGCAGCAGCAGCAACAGCAACAGCAGCAGGCUCACCAGCAGCAGGUGCAGCAACAGCAACAGGUUGCCUACGCCGUUGCCGCCUCACCGCAGUUGCAGCAACAGCAGCAGCAACAGCGACUGGCCCAGUUCAACCAGGCGGCAGCAGCAGCUCUUCUGAACCAACACUUGCAACAGCAACACCAGCAGCAACAGCAGCAGGCCCAGCAGCAAUCUCUGGCCCACUACGGCGGCUAUCAGCUGCACAGAUACGCUCCCCAGCAGCAGCAGCAACAGCAUAUCCUUCUGAGCACCGCCAGCAACAACAGCAGCAGCAGCAAGCACAGCGGCAGUCAAGUAGCAACAUCAGCGGCUGCGACAGUAGCAACAUCCGUUGCUGCGGUCCCGACCAGCGGCGGCAGCUUGCCGGACAGUCCCGCCCACGAAUCGCAUUCGCACGAGUCCAACUCCGCGACCGCCUCCGCGCCGACCACGCCCUCGCCGGCAGGCAGCGUCACCAGCGCCGCCCCCACAGCAGCAGCGGCAGCAACAACAACACCGGCCACUGGCACACCAGCAACAUCGGCCGUUAGCGACAGCAACAACAACGUGAACAACAGCAAUAACAGCAACAACAGCCGCGACAGCAGCAGCAACAGCAACGCCAUAAUGGAGAAUCAGAUGGCUUUGGCCCCGCUGGGACUUUCGCAGAGCAUGGACUCCGUGAACACGGCCAGCAACGAGGAAGAGGUUCGCACGCUUUUUGUCAGCGGCUUGCCCAUGGAUGCUAAGCCUCGCGAGCUUUACUUGUUAUUCAGAGCCUAUGAGGGCUAUGAAGGAUCUCUUUUGAAAGUAACUAGCAAAAAUGGCAAAACUGCAUCGCCCGUUGGCUUUGUGACAUUCCAUACAAGAGCUGGAGCAGAGGCAGCUAAACAAGAUCUGCAGCAGGGUGUACGCUUCGAUCCCGAUAUGCCCCAAACAAUUCGCUUGGAAUUCGCCAAGAGUAACACGAAAGUGAGCAAACCCAAACCACAGCCCAAUACAGCGACAACAGCCUCACAUCCUGCAUUGAUGCACCCACUCACUGGACAUCUGGGCGGUCCCUUCUUUCCGGGCGGACCGGAGCUUUGGCAUCAUCCGCUAGCCUACUCGGCAGCCGCCGCCGCUGAGUUGCCCGGAGCAGCUGCCCUGCAGCAUGCAACGCUAGUGCAUCCGGCCCUGCAUCCGCAGGUGCCAGUGCGCUCCUAUCUCUGACUAAAUACAGACAAAGUAAUGGAGCAGCCUAUGCAUCAAACUCAAAUGACCAUGCCGCCACAUCAUCAGACAACUGCUAUUCAUCCCGGAGCUGCGAUGGCUCACAUGGCUGCUGCUGCGGCGGCCGCUGCUGCCGGCGGGGGCGGUGGAGCUGCCGCCGCCGCUGCGGUGCCGCAAAGUGCCGCUACGACGGCAGCUGCCACAGCCGCUGCGGCCGCUGCUGCCUCGCACCACCACUAUCUGUCGAGUCCGGCGCUGGCCAGUCCGGCUGGGUCCACCAACAACGCCAGCCACCCGGCCAAUCCGCAGAUCGCGGCCAAUGCGCCCUGCUCCACGCUGUUCGUGGCCAACCUGGGGCAAUUCGUCUCCGAGCACGAGCUGAAGGAGGUGUUCUCUAGUAUGCCUGGCUUUUGUCGCCUACGAAUGCACACAAAAGCCAUGGUAGCAGCAACUGGCUCAAGCUGCUCCACCAGUAGCAGCAACAGCAACAACAACCACAGCAACAACAAUGGCAGCGGGGGCAGCAGCAACAACCACAUCGCUGCGGUGCAGCAACAUCCGGUGGCAUUCAUCGAGUUCAAGGACCCACCGACCGCAGCCCAGGCCAUGCAGCAGCUGCAGGCAGCAACAUCAGCGGCAAGCAACAGCCCAGCGGCAAUCAGCAACAACAAAGGAGCGGGUAUGGAAUCACGGCAUGAUUUGCUCGCUAAGAAGCUAGAGCGCGAUAUGCAGCAGCAGCAGACGCAAGUGCACCACCAGCAGGCACAGCAGCAGCAGCAUCACUACCCCCACAGCCACCAGACAGCGCACCACCAGCACCACCAACAGCAGCAGCAGCAGCAGCAGCAACAGCAACAACAGCAGCAGGCACAGCAGCAACACCUGAGCCACCACCACCACCACCAUCACCAUCAUCAGCAGCACCAUCAGCAGCAGCAGUUCUUGAUGACGCCGACAGCAACCUGACCCGGUGGCAACCUGAGCCACCACUACGCGAGCACCACGCAGCACCACCAGCUCCACCACCAACAGCAGCAGCAGCAGCAGCAGUUGCAGCCGCACCACAUCUAUUCAUAUGUGCUGCCGGCGGUCAGUCACAUAGCAGCCUGAUGGAACCACAUUUGAGUUUGAAGAUCGAGGGCAAACAGAGCUCCGCAUGCAACGGAUUCAUGCGAGGAGGCAAACCUUUAGUUCUAGAUAUAACAAAAAAAAACUAUUUAAAAAAUGCAAAAAAAAAAACAAAAAACAAAGUGGAAAAAAUGCAAAAAGAAGUUAAUUUAUGUGUGACAGCAGAGGAGGAUGACCCCGUAUAACCCAGUUUAGUGAAAUUUUUCGACAGGCAACAAAAAUGAAUUGUAGUGGAAACCAAAAACGGGAUAAACUUGUAGUAAAAUAUACAAUUUACGAUAGAUCGGAAGCUGAGCGAACUACUUAACUAAGUUAGUUGCAAUACAGCCGAUAUGCCCCUAUAAACGAAUACACAUAUAUAAUAAACCAUAUAUAUAGCAUGCUGAUCAAGAAUUUGUUAGUUAUUUUACACCUUUACAAUGUUGCUUUUUUUUAGCUUGAUCAAUUGAUUUUGUUCCACAGUUUUUGUUUGAAGAAAAGUUGAUGUUUCCUUUUAUCGUUAAAGCUCCCUCAUCCAUCCCCGAACCUAACCGACUUUCAACAAAUGGAAUUGAGACAUGAAAUUAGUAUUAUUUGUAUAGUUUCGAUCCUUUUUUCGUCGAUAUAUCAAGCAGUGUAAGGGAUUAAAAAUUUAAACAAAGUAUGAGGAUGAAGAAAAGUAUAUAAUUAUAGCUUAACCGAAUGUGCCCUUUAAAUAGCUCUCUUUCUAGAAUUAUGAAGAAUAAUAUGAAACAAAACCAAAACAAUUUAAAUAUAUGCAUUAAUGUAAUAAUUGUAAAACUAGUAAGGUAAUUUUCAAAAUGUUACUCAACAAGAAGAUUCUACAAAACAACCACAACGAGUAGUCGACGUCAUCGUAUAAAUUUAAAUUUAUAUUGAGGAAUACUGAAAGCUGGUUUCGAAAUUUAUUUGUUAAAACGUAAGAAUAACAACAUUUAGAUGUGAAUUUCAAAUUUACCCGAUACCCGAUACCAGAUACGACCUAUCGACGACUUGGUACGAACGUGGCAGGUGCGCUGUAGUGAAGCAAAGACUCGAAAACGAAAAACGAUUUUCAACAAACCAGAAAAGCUGAAACGGAACUUUAAAAGAAACUGGCACAGGACACUCUAAACUUUCCGCCCAGAGAAAACUAUCUUUUUCUUUCGCCACUUUUGUUGAGCAUUUUCUGCGUUUCCCCCACAAAGACUUGACUAACUUUACUAGAGGGCCCCCAAACCGAAAGGACUCCAUCUAAAUAUUGAGAAACUAUUCCUAACUAACUUUCGAAAUGCUAGAACAAUCAAAUCACAUUUCUUGCUAAACCAACGACCGAUUUAGUGGGGGGGGGACCUUGAUUGGGAUCGUAUGGGAUCUGAUGAGGAGGGAUCGGAAACAGCGGGUGGGUGGGGAGAGUGUAGACGAGGGGACAGCAAACAAGGACGAGUAAAUGAAAUCAAUUUCAUAUCAUCUAACGUAGCAAGCAUCUAUCGAGUAUGUAACUACGAAAAAAGGACAAAGACAAAUUCAAUUGUAACUAAACGCAAGAAACACAGCAGAAACCAACUACAAUUAAUUGUAAAACAAUGUAAAGCUUAAAGGCUAACAACUAUAUAUAGUUAAUUACGAGAAACAGUUUAUAAGCAAGCUUUUUACAUAAUAAUUUUCCAAUGUUUGUCGACACAGUUCGUUCAGCCUUGUUUAAACCAAUUUAAGUAUAUAGAAGUACGGAUAAAAUCUUACAAUUUUACCAAAGUUGUCCUUACUAAUUUAACAAGUUAUGUUAAUUACUUCACACACAGUUUGUUAAACAAAAAACAGAAGAGACCCACGAGUAAAUCAACUAAUUUUAAAUGUUUUUUUAAAGCUUAGUUUAGGCUAAAUGUGACUAGACAUACCAAAGGCAUAUUUGACAAAAAAAAAACACAAUUGUUAAGGCAAAAUAUGAAAAAAGAAUACUAAUUGGUAAUGUUUUAGCCCGUUUCUACACAUUUUCUUUAUAUAUUUACGUAUUUUAUUUCCUGUCUAACUUUAGUCGAAUGUAAAAUGCAUAUUCCGUCCAAUUACAUUUCGUGCUUUCCUCUUGCCCAAAAGUAUCAUCUCUUCGCCAGCAUCGCGUUGGUUUGAAAAGCAUCAUCAUUCGAAGUUAAGAACAGAGGUCUAUUUAUAAGUCUGUAAUCCCAAAACACACACACACACUCACACGCUCACUACGAAGACAAGUAAAUUAGUUAAAGUUUUAGUGUGUAAGCAAGAAAAUGUUUAAAAGUACAUAAUAUACUAAUGCAUAUCAUAAAAUUGCGCCUUUCAAAACAAUUAAGAAAAACGAAAACAACCAAGAAGCCCGAUGAAGGAAAACAAAAAUAUUUACAACUACAAAUAAGCAUUAUGACGAAACAAAAAUUAAUAGAUGCUAAAGUAUGAAACAGAUAUUUUCGAAAUUAAUUUUUAGCGCCUAAGUGAGGCCCACGCGCCCAGAAGUAUGCAACAAAAGAAGCAAUGGAAAUACGCAUAAGUGUGUGAGUGUGCAUGUGUGUGUGUGCAGCUGGGAGAAUCUUGUGCAAUUUCCAUCGAGGACAGAAGGAAAAGAGGGAAAACCAGCGCGGUGGCAAGGUUGUUCAGUCCCCACCCCCAGGAAACCAUUUCGAGGCUUGAUUUCCAGACAUUCUUUAGUCUAAAUUUCAUAGCAGCAUGCAAAUAUUAAACUAGAAAAUUGGGAAUAUCUUAACAACACCAGAGGAAGCGAAAGAGGAAAAACCUAGCUCGUAAACGAUAAACUAAAGAAAGCUAAAAUGAAUGAAUGACAGAAAACCUAAACUAAACAAUAUGAAUUAUGGGAACAUUAUAUGAAUAUAUAUACACACGCAUAUAUUACAACAUUUUUGAAACAAACGAAAACUAAAUAAUAGUUACAAAGAAGGAGAAAAUAACAAAUACAUAUCAGCAAACGGAUAAAGAACAAAAUAAGAAGAAACUUUUACAAGAAAAAUUAUUAAGGAAAUAUGAAACCGAUAUGUUUUGAUGUGGUUUUUAAAUUUUUAAACAUUGUAAGCGUAAAAAGGCAGAGAAGCAGUUACCAAAAAAAAAAGGGGGAAGAAAGCAUAACUGAUUGAAAGCUUAGUAAUAGAUUAAAUGCUAGCUAUAUGCUUACACGUAAUGGCAUAUCUACAUAUGUGGCAGCAGUAAUAGAAAGACAGUAAACAGUAACAGUAAUGGUAAAACAGUAACAGUAAAUACUACUAUUAUAUUUAUUGAGUUUGAUUUAAUUUGCACCUCGAAAAUAUGGUUUGAUUCUUGGUUUACUUUAAGUUUCCUCCCAAAUUGCCUUACGUUUGCCUAAAAAAAUAAAUUAUAAACCAUUCAAUACUAAUUUCUAAGUAAUUUAUAUGUAUAUGUAUUGUAUACCUCUAUUAUAAACCCAUAAAUAAAUUUACUUAUAUCAUUUUUGUAGCCUUAACUUAGAACUUUUCAAUUGACGGUAUUAAUUAUGCAUAAUAAAACUUUAUAUAUUUUGUUCGUUAAACAAAUCAUUUAUUGUUUCAUUUAAGCUCACAGACACAUACACAGCCACACGCGAUAAACCUUUGAAGAAACGAAUUUUAAAUUAGUGAAAAUUUUUGCAAGAAAAUUAAAACCAACUAUACAAUUACAAAUAUUAUACUACACAUUUGAUCUCUCCCCACUUAAAGUUUUGAGUCAUUCGCGGGAGAGCCAACUAUAGAAGCAUUAUACUCAACCACAACUGGCUAUGGACAGAGCAGAGAAUUCGCUGUACAUUUGUAAUACAUAAAGUAUCUAUAGGGAGUUAAGUAGGAAAGGAAAUGAUAUUGAAUAUUGAAAAUAUCAAGGCAGAGGUAUUGGAAAACCGGAGGAAGAUGAAGAUAACACAAGUCAAAACAUAUCAAACUCGUGCCCGAUUAAAACUAUAUACACACAUAUAUAUAUACACUAUAAGUAAAUGAAAAGCAGCCACAAAUUAUGCGCAGCGAUUUUCAGCGGUCUAACAAGAUGAAAAUUAUGAAAUGACGAUUAUUAAACAAGAACCGAAAGUCUAACGGGAAAAUGCAACUUUUAUUUGCAUAACUCAAAGUGUAGUCUACUUUUAUGCGUAACAAUACGAAAGUAACGAUUAAUAUUAAUUAAAAUAUGAAAACUACAACAAAUGGCAAAUACUUGUCUAUUUUGAGGCUCAUUUAUUUAACAUUUUUGCGAAACCAAAGUACGACUUUCUUUUUAAAAAUCGAAUCCAUUUCUUUUGCUAAUAUUGUAAAAAAUAAAUUGAUUUUUCAAAGCAAGUGAAAAUGAACAACUUAUAGCUAAAUAUUAUUAUAAAACUUACAUAAAGCAGAAACAAAACUCGUAUAUAUAUGAAAAUAAAUAUCAGCCUUGUUCUUUAUAUAUAUAUAUUUAAAAAAAAAACAAAAAAAUGAGAAAACCAUACAAAAUAUUAAUAAAUUAUUAACUACUAUAAAAAAAAUGGAUACAAAAACAUAAAAAAUAUUUAGCGAAAAUAUUGUAUUGUGAGUUUAAAUGUAUUGUUGCAUACGAAACCAAAGAAACGACAUAACAAAUCGGUGCAGUUAAGUUAAAUGUAAAACUACCAUGGCAAUACCAACCGAUUGGCAGCGGCAGCUGAUUGACAGGAACAGAACCGAAGGGUCAGAGGCGAACCGAAACAGAAUGAAAGGUGAACCGUUUUUUCACAGACAUCAACCAGCGAUAAGAACUAAAACGAAAUUGAACCCAAUUAAAAUUACCAGGCAGUUUAUUUCAACUCAAUAACAGCAGAUGGGCCAGCCCGCAAGACAAAUUAUACAAUUUGAUAAUGAUAAUAUUUUCAAGCGAUCACGAUCGAUGAGGCACAAACGAUAGGCCCUGCAGCUAUGUAGGAGGGAGGCAGAACAACAAAUCGCAGUUUGCAGCAGGCGACAAAUUAUAAUAAUAAUAAUACGAAUAAUAAAUAAAAACUUUAACAA